AUCAUAGUCUUGCAUUGUUCAUCUCUUCCAAAUGGUGGUGGUAACGGAGCAAAAUGAGAUUUUAAAGAGCGGCCAUGCUUCUUACAUUCAUAAUCACAAUUGCGUUUUGUAGUGAGCACCAGUCCAUCAUGUUCUCCUCUAUCUUCAACGCAUUCAACACGGUGGAAAGAGUGCAUGUUUUAUCAGUGCUCUUUGUUUAGAACGAUGGCUGUGUAAGUGUUAUUGUUUUUUAGUAGAUAGUGAAGGAAUGCGGUCGCCGAGAUAUUUCCCAGGAGCCCAGAUGUUUUUUUUUUCUCAAUAACGAUGUUUGCUGUGUGAGCGAUGGAGAAGUGGCGCAGGAGGGCGGACAGUGGCUUUACCUGUGACGAGGCUCAACGCGCGCGCGCGCACACACACACGCGCAGCGCGGCGGAGCUGAGCAGAGCGACUGUCAGCCGAGUUCAUAACUACACUCUUCUGGCUCCCCUCACAUGGCUUUACACUGACUACUAGCAAUACUUUAAAGCGUUUUUUGGAUCGUUUGUGGCGAACGGAAUUUGUAGUGAACACAAGGGCUGUUGUGCUUUUAAGUGAAGAAGAGUAAAACAACAGCUUUUUUGCUUACUGGAGGAGAGUGUCUAAUGAGACGGCGUGAGUGACGUGCUGUAUCCUAGAGAGGGGGGGGGGUGACCAGUGGCGGUGGUCUUGUGGAUCUCACCCCUCCUGAUGUGGAAGAUGAUGAACCACCGUGCAUGGCUGCUGUUCCUAUUGCUGCUGUAUGUUGUGUCCAGUGUAUGGGGUUACCCUUUCAAACCUCCGCUGGACCUGGAUGUGACCCCUCGAACUACAGUCCUCUUCAAAGGGCUGUUGGGUUGCAGGCGCUUCAGAGGCCUGACACUGAACUACAGUUUGCUGCUGUUGGAGGAGGACGCAGACCUGCUGUACGUGGGAGCUCGAGGGGCUUUAUUCGCCCUGCAGGCCAGUGACGUCUCCAGCAGCUUAGCACAGACCAUUGACUGGGAGGCAUCAGACGAUCAGAUGCAACAAUGCUGGAACAAAGGGAAAGAUAACCAGACGGAGUGUUUCAACCACAUUCGCUUCCUGCAGAGGUUCAACAGCACACACUUGUACACGUGCGGCACACAUGCUUUCAGCCCUCUGUGUGCAUACAUUGAUGGAAGGGAGUUUAAAAUCUCAUCAGUCUUUGAAGAGGGUCGAGAGAAAUGUCCAUAUGACCCCUCAAAAGGCUACACUGGCCUGCUAAUUGAUCAGCAGAUGUACACAGCGUCCCAGUAUGAGUUCCGGAGUUUUCCAGAUAUCCGGCGCAACUCUCCAAACCCCAUACUGAAAACAGAGGAGGCUCCGACUCAGUGGCUCCAGGAGGCUGAUUUCGUGGGUUCAGCGCUGGUCAGAGAGAGCCUGAGCAGCUCAGCAGGAGAUGACGAUAAGAUUUACUUCUUCUUCACAGAGAAAAGCCAGGAGCUCAGUCCAUACUUCAGCCACAGCAGAGUAGCGCGAGUCGCCCGCGUGUGCAAGAGGGACAGAGGAGGUCUCCUCACACUACAGAAGAAGUGGACGUCCUUUCUGAAGGCACGUCUGGUGUGUUCUUUACCUGACUACGAAUUUCAUUUCAACGUGUUGAGGAGUGUGUUUUUCCUCGAAGGCUCCAGCUCUCAGGACUCUGCUUUCUAUGGCAUAUUUGGCUUGGAAUGGAAAAAUGUCAAAGCAUCUGCUAUCUGCCAGUACUCAGUUUCGGAUAUCCAGUGGGCCUUUGAUGGGCCUUACAUGGAGAGCAAAGAAGACUCCAACUCCAAAUGGACUCAGUACACAGGGAAGGUGCCAGAACCGCGACCCGGCUCGUGCAUCACAGAUCAACAUAGAGCAAAAGGCAUCAACUCAUCCAUCAACCUGCCAGACGAUGUACUUCACUUUGUCCGUCGCCAUCCACUCAUGUACAGGCAGAUUCUUCCUCAAGGACAGCGCCCUCUUCUGUUCAGGAGGAAUGUAGACUACACUAAAAUUGCUGUACACACAGUGACUGGUUUAGAUGGGCAGAUAUACCAUAUACUCUUUAUUGGAACAGAUGAAGGUUGGCUGCAGCGAGCAGUGAAGGUUGAAGAUCAUCUGCAUAUCAUUGAAGAGCUCCAGCUGUUUGAGGAGCCCCAGCCUGUGGACAGUAUAGUCAUCUCUAAGAAACAGAUGAGUGUGUAUGUAGGUUCGCCCACCUCAGUGGUGCAGCUGCCCUUGUCCACUUGCACCAGAUACUCCUCGUGCUUCGACUGCGUGAUGGCACGUGAUCCCUUCUGUGCCUGGGAUGGACUGGAGUGUGUAGACAUCACAUCUCACAACAGCAGAGCCAAUCUGACUCAGGAUAUUCAGAAUGGAAACCAGGGCUGUGAUAAAUCCACAGCAGAUGAUCAAGUGUUACACCGCUCUCGCUCUGUGAUGGCUGGCGAUGACGUUCUGCUUCAGUGUGAGCUCAGCUCCAAUCUGGCAACCCCUGAGUGGACACUGAAUGGAAAUGAACUGAAAGGCUACGGACUGGACUCUGGUUUCCGUGUGGGCACUGACGGUCUUCUAGUCAUCGAAGCCCAGCCUUACCAGAGUGGUGACUACUGCUGCUUUGCUAUAGAGAACAGUGUCCGUGUUCCUGUGUUGAUCUACAGCUUGACAGUUCGCCAAGAGCUUCCAGUGCCUCCUCCUGUAAAGCCAACACAACCACGCUUCACCACAGAAAUCUAUUGGACCAGUCAGUCUUCCCAAAGCGACUCCGAGGAAGACUUCGACCCCACCCCGAUGUCUCCUCGCUUCGAGUUCCUGUCCGUGAGGAACAUGGAGGCCAUGUAUCUAUCCUUAAUCACAAUCCUAGGAGGCUUGUGUUUCGUUUUAACAGUCGUCCUGCUUUAUGUGGGGUUCUGUUUGCAAGGGCGGAGGGGGAAAUACUCGUUACGAGCUGAAAAGAAGCGAGGUGGCAAUAUGGAGCUCAAGACCAUCUCCAGCCACUGCAACGGGAAAUCCGACGCUCAUGAUGGCCUUCUGCAGAUUGUCCCAGGUGAAGCGUCGACGUCCCCUACUAAAGAUCUUCCUCCUGCUCCACCUCUUCCACCUCCUCCAGAAUCGGAGUUCAUCAACGGACUCUCCGCCACUUUACCCAGCGUUUUGCGCAAGAUGAAUGGCAACAGCUAUGUAUUACUGAGACAGACAGAUGGAGACACCACGUCUCCGCUCUAUUACUCCUUCACAGAGGAGCUCAACAGGAUCCUGGAGAAGAGGAAGCACACGCAGCUGUGUAGUAAACCUGAUGAAAGCUCAGUGUGAAACUGUGUUUGAACUACUGGUGUCCUCUGAAGUGUUCAAGGGCAGUGCAAAGUCAUUGCCCAAUUUCCCUUUUUUACCCAGACUAACUUUAACAGGAUGCUAUUGAAUAGCUGCAACUGCUUUUAUUGGAAAAUGGCUCUAAAAGGGGCAGACUGGCUCUCCGUUGACAUUUCAAAUGUUGCAUUUUUGAGUAAGGAAAACUCUCCGGUCACAAAAUAGCAAAGAACAAACACAUAAGAUGGAAAUUCUACCUCAGGAAUAUAUAUUGCGCAGCUCUUUGCUUGUUUCUGCUAACAUUUGUGUUGGAGUUGUACAGUCAGUGACAGUGUGAGCCCAUUUUAGGAAAUCAAUUAAAAGAUUCCGUUAUGGACUUUUAAUGGGCAUACCGACAAGGAUAUUAAAGACUAGUUGCUAAUGGAAGACUGAGGUUUACUUGCACAGGUCCUACUAGCUGCCCUCUGUUACAUGAAAAAGCAACAAAAUGAAUUCAGAUUGAGCACCUGGAUGGACCAAUUUGUGUAAAAAUCUAGUGCUGUGGGGCACUGAAUGUCUUCACUUACAUUCUAUAUUUUAAUGUGACCCUGGACGACAGAAACCAGUCAUAAGAGUCAUUUUUUUGUAAAUCCAGGUUUAUACAUCAUCUGAAAGCCAAAUAAUUGAACUUUAUUCAUUUCAUUCUUGUAUAGUUUUUAGGGUAGGACAGUAUUUGGCUGAGAUACAGCUAUUUGGAAUCUUUGGGAAUCAACUAUUUGGAAGUUUUAGGGUUUUUAAAAAAAUAAUACUGUGAAAAUUGCAUUUAAAUAUGUCCAAGUUAAGUUAGCAAUGCAUAUUACUAAAUAAAAAAAUAUGUUUUGAUAUAUUUACAUGUUAAAAUUUACAAAAUUACUUCAUGGAAUACGAUUUUUACUUAAUGGCCCUGUUUCAGAAAGGAGGUUAAGUGAAAACUCAGAUUAUGUUAACCCUAAAAUGAGAGAAACUCUAGGUUUUCCAUUUCAAAAUGGUAGGUUUGUCAAAUUUGAGAAAGCAGGGUAAGUCAAGCCUGUUUCUGAAAGAGCGGUAACUUUAACUCAGAGUUAGUUACAGUGGUAAACCCAACCUGGUCAGGAGCAGGUUAUUAUUCUCUAAACUCGUAGAUUCUUUGGGUCUCCUCCCCUUUUUUAAAAAUGAAGCGGUAUUUCUCGCCAUAGCCUUACGCUUCUACUCACCUAUUGUUAAGCUCGUUUUGGAGAUGCGCAUAAAAAAUCAGUUGAUGAAAACGGCAAGAUGCACAGAACUUCUAUAAAUACGCAUAAAAACAUGCGCAUAACUGUGUAGGAUAAACUUCUUAUUUGAUAAGAAAAGUCUCACAUGAAACUUCGAUGGAAACACUUUUACAGAACAAAUUCCAGUAUGUGUAUUAAAAAAAGUUUGUUAUAAGGGAUCCUAUGAUGAAGAAAAUGUGUGUUAAAGGAUAAACCAGCAGGCUGACCACUCUGUAAAACAUCUGAAAUGUUGUUUUGGUCAUUCUAAAAUGCCUCAACCGUUUCAGUAUUAGUGUUAGUAUAUUAAUAUUAUUUGCCUCCAGAGCAUCUGGAGCUUGUCAAGAGCAUCUGUUCUCUGCAUCUCACACUUUCAAACGCCUCAACGCGUUCAUCGUGUGUCCGCAUUGUCCUCUGAGGUGAAAGUCAUUUAAUAAAUAAAGAAAAGAUUCACGCAGCUUCUUCUGCCGCAGUAAAUUCUGUUUUUACUGUUGAUAUUUGGAGCCAGUUAAUCAGGAAGUGACCAUUUUGUUGACUCGUUGGCGCUGCUUUAUUCACACAUCUUUUAUGUGAUAUUCCAGGUUUGCGCAUAAAGUUAAUUAGCAUUUUUGGAUGGAAUCAUAGCUAUUACCUACAUUUCAAUCACACAAAGAACAAAGUCACGAGAAUGGCUUGUCCUUUUUUAAUAAUUAAUUAGCUUAAAUUCACUGAUCUCCGACAGGGAUAUAUACUGUUACUACAUUAAUGGGAUUAUUACUCGUUCUAUUUUUUUUUUAGUACUGCUUACAUUCUAAAUGUCAUAUCAACCUGUGCCACUUGAUCAAUAAUAAAGGCAGACACACACGAGUGCACUUAUACAUCUGUCAAAAACUCAACUUUAAAAAAUUGUAUCUUAAUCUGAUCAACGUGUGUAAAAGUGGAACCUUAAAUUAAACAUUUCUACAGAACAUUGAGUGAAGGUUAUCUGCAUUUUUGUUUUGUCAAAUUUGUUGUAGAAACUAUGCAGUAGCCUAUUUUAUGUAAUUUAAUGCAAUUACAUCUGAAAUAACUUCAAAAUACAGCCAAUUCCCUACUUUUAGAAGUAAAAAUUUAAUAAACGUCACAUAUUACAUUACUCAUUUUAUUAUACUUAAAUAAUUAAAUACUUUAAAUGUAAGCUUGCACAUUUACUUGAGCAGCUAUUUUCCCACGCUAACUGUGUCUGUUUCACUGAUGCAGCGAUGUUGCUUUCUUAAAUAUAUGAUCAUAUUUGCUAUAACACUGCAUAAGCAGAUCGAGUUCAGCUGGAAAAAGAAGUGCUGCCCUCUUUUUUUUAGAUAUUGCCAUGGUCACUCGUAUUAUCUGCGAUCCAUUGGUAAUGCCUUUUUUAUAGUUGCGGUGUGCGCACAUAACUCUUGAGUUAGUCUCCUCAAAGUUGAUAGACCCAACUCAGAUCAGCUAUUCUGAAACCGAAAACUCUGAGAUUUUAAUCUCUCUAAGUCAAUUUUGAGUUCAAGUUUAAACUCCAAGUUGGUUGAACCUCCUUACUGAAACAGGCUUAAUAUUCUAUAGAUUUUAUUAUAAAAUAAAAAGUAUUUAUUGAGAAUUAUGACACAUACAGUGUAUUGUUGGCUAUUCCCAAAAACAAACCCUUGCAGCAUAAGACUGGUUUAGUGGUUCAGGGUUACAUACUGUAUAUUCUAAUUUAUGUCAACACUGACCAUAUCAAUAACCAUGUGUAGUAAUAAUAAUCAAAAUACAAAACAGCAGGGAUAACAUGCUUUGAAAACAGAACAGAAAUGCACUUGAUGGUACUAAUAUUGAAAAUUACUAUUACUAGUUUCACAGACUUUGGAACCCAGGAUGAUGACAGACAGUAUUAACCACUAAGAAGCACUUUAUGCACUGGUAGCAUUUUUUUUUUUCUGUGAGGUGCUGCUUAUUCUGACAGAUCUAGAAGGGAAUGGAUUGGAUGUUGAAGAGAGGAUGAUACUAUAAGGACAGAUAUGAUCAAACUGUGUUGUACUUUAAAUUCAAAAUGCUCGAAAGGGAAGGUUGCAGAAUUUAUAGCCAAGAGAUGGACCAUGAACUAUGCCCUAAGACUGAAACUUCAGAUGGUGUCUUGGUUUAUACUUCUGAGUCAAGUGACCGGCGUAAAGGCUGAUUUAUACUUCUGCGUCAAAUGCACGCGUAUGCUACGGUGCAGCCUA